CACAGUGAGCCAGUUUGGAUUGGUACAAAGAGCACCGGGAACAGAGGGCCCUAGACGAAAACACCCCCAUAGGACCCCAGGACUUAAAACCCUCCCGAGAGCCAAAGCAAGGCAGAGAUCGCAGCGGACACUGAACGACCCGUGCACUGGGCAAGAACUCCCCUCCCCUCUUCUUCCUAUGUUCUACCCAGGCUUGGCCAGCCUCAGGUCGUGCGAGUAACGUAGCCAUACACUAUGGAGUUUCCUGAAAUGAUGCUGAGUGAAGAUUUUGACAACUACUCCUAUCUCUAUGAGUAUGAGGAAGAUGAACCACCCCAGUCCUAUCUCAGUGUUGCACACAUCAUCUCUCUUUCCUUAUGCAGUGUGGCUUUUCUCCUGGGGGUGCCAGGAAAUGCCAUAGUCAUCUGGUUUAUGGGGUUUAAAUGGGAUAAAUCAGUCAGUACCCUCUGGUUCCUCAACCUGGCCAUUGCAGACUUCAUCUUUGUUCUUUUCCUGCCUCUCUACAUUACGUAUGUGGCCAUGGGCUUCCAUUGGCCCUUUGGGAAAUGGCUCUGCAAGACUAACUCCUUCAUUGCUUUACUAAAUAUGUUUGCCAGUGUCUUCUUCCUGACCAUCAUCAGCCUUGACCGCUAUAUCCGCCUGGUACACCCAGUCUUUUCCAACAAAUAUCGGACCCUAAGGAACACCCUCAUUCUGAGUGUGAUUAUUUGGAUUUCAGCUGCUAUUAUUGGUGCCCCUGCCUUACACUUCAGAGACAUAAUUACAGUUCACAACUCCACUAUCUGCUAUAACAACUUCCAUCCGCAUGACAAAGAACUCAUUUUGAUGAGGCAUAAUAUUUUCAUUUGGGUGAGGCUUGUUUGUGGCUACCUCUUUCCCCUAGUGACCAUGGUCCUUUGUUACUCAUUUCUAGUUCUGAAGGUGAAGAAGAGAACCAUGCUGACUUCCAGCAGGCUUUUCUGGACCAUCCUUGCGGUAGUUGUAGCUUUUUUUGUUUGCUGGACCCCCUAUCACAUAUUUACCAUUCUGGAACUAUCUGCUCACCAUAAUGAACACUUCCAUGACUUGCUUCUAAGCGGUAUUCCCCUUUCUACUGGCCUGGCUUUCAUCAACAGCUGCCUCAAUCCAAUCCUCUAUGUUCUGAUUAGCAAGAAGUUCCAAACCCGUGUCAGGGCGACAGUUUCUGAGGCACUAAAACUUGCAGUCUGGGAGGUCAGCCGGUCUGCAACAGUCAGUGAACAACUGCGGAACUCUGACAACAGCUAUCCGGCUGUGCGGUAUUGUGAAACCACUCAGUGA